ACUGAACCGCUCCCAGUGCUUAUUAGUGCUCUCUCUCUGCCGGAUCGCAUUGUGCUCUGCUGAUUCAGUGCCUUAAGCAUCGCUCCUCAACGCCACCGGCACAACCCGCAACGCCUGGACACUUCACCCAAAACCACGACAAUGGACAAAAUCGCUGUCGCAUACAAAGAAAAGAUGAAGGAGCUGUCCAUGCUCUCACUCAUAUGCUCCUGUUUUAACCCGAGGCUACAGAAAAACCUGGACGCCAAAACAGAGUUUAUGGAGGUAAAGCCCAUAAACAAACGGGCCUCGGGUCAGGCCUUCGAGGUGAUCCUUAAGCCAACUUCUCCAGUGUCAGAUGGGACACAAAGUAUCGUAUCCCCUCCCAAGAAGAGGGACAUCUCGCUGGAAGACAUUCAGAAGAAACUGGAGGCUGCCGAAUAUCGCAGGAGAUCUCAGGAGGCCCAGGUGCUGAAAGCUCUGGCUGAGAAGCGGGAGCAUGAGCGAGACGUGCUUUUCAAAGCCCUGGAGGAGAACAACAACUUCAGCAGGAUGGCUGAGGAAAAGCUCAUUCUGAAAAUGGAGCAAAACUCCGAGAACCGCAGGGCUCACCUGGCGGCCAUGAUGGAGCGCCUGCAAGAGAAGGAGCAACAUGCUGCUGUGGUCCGCAGAAACAAGGAGCUGAGAGAAGAGCUCACAGCGUGAAGGCAUCUUUCCCUGACUCUUCCUCACUCUGCUCAUCAGCUCACUUAUCCUCCUCUUACACACACACCCACACCCACACCCACACACACAUACACACAGAGGCAGUCAGUACUAUCUAGCAAAUAACAUUCUCCUACACCGUUUAAAUGGUCUUGCUUGAUUUCAUAGAUUAUGACACAGAUUAUUUUGUAAAUAUAUCAUAGGAAUUUUAGAUGAAACAAAAACACACAUCAAAUGUAUCAAACUUAUCAAUGACUCAGUGUCAUCAUUUAUUUAUCAAAUUAUUUUGGAUUAGAGAUAUCAUUUGUUUAUUUAGUCGUUUGGAAGAUUCUGGAGUAAAUGAUGGUUAGUCUCAUUAAGACGAAUGCAAACAGAGACACACUGGGACACUUCCAGCAUCCACACACACAAACACACACACACACACACACACACACAUACAUACACACACAAAUAUACAACAAACCAUACAGUGUAUUUAUGCUUAUAUACAAUAUAAUCAUAACAUUGCACUUCCUUCAUCUACUGAAUGAAUCAAUCUUGUUCAAGCUUAACACAUUAUUCAUCUGCGGCAGCACAUCGACACUGUUUUGCUCCUGAGCCAACACCGGGACUUAAAAUUACAUGCAAAAUGAUUAGUCUCUUCACAUGCCCUUUUUAUAUUACUCAUAAGAGCAUGUUUUUUCUCACCUUGACAUCUCCAGCUAAUGUUGGCACUGGCUUUCAUUUUCUGAACACAAACACACUCGAUUUACCUUUCUUUUUUUUUUUUUUUCCAGCAGGACCAAAUCAUCUCAAAUGCGGUCAUUAUUCCACCAUAUAUUCUGCUAUUAACUAAUGUAAAACCUUUCGUAGUUAAAUUACAUCCUCUUAACUUCAGCCAUUGAGGAGGAGUGACUGUUUGUGUGAAUCUGAAUGUGUGUGUGUGUGUGUGUGUCCAUGUUACGGUGGCGAAGCUUCUGUGACCGUUCUCUUUGAAAGCAACAUGUGAGAUGGAAACAGAUUAUGCAUUGAAUGUUUUUUUUAAAAAUAUCUUUAUUUGUUUUUUUUUUUUUUUUCAUGGUUUCCUCUCAAAAUAUGCUUGCCUGCAUCUUCAGCUGCGUAAACUGUGUUUUCCCCUCAUUUCUCUGUGUGCAAAAUUUGAUGAAUAAAGAUUUGGGGUUCUGUGAA